AUGGCUGGAGAGAAUCAGAGCAGCAUCUUCGAGUUCCUCCUCUGGGGACUGUCAGAGCACCCAGAGCAGCAGCACAUCCUCUUCCUGCUAUUCCUGUGGAUGUACAUCAUCACUGUGGCUGGGAACCUGCUCACUGUCCUGGCCAUUGUUGCUGAUACACGUCUCCACACCCCCAUGUAUUUUUUCCUCGCCAGCCUGUCUUGUGCAGACAUCCUUUUCACCUCCACCACUGUGCCCAAGGCCCUGGUGAACAUCCAGACCCAGAACAGGUCCAUCUCCUAUGCAGGAUGCCUGGCACAGCUCUACUUCUUCUUGACUUUUGGAGAUAUGGACAUCUUUCUCUUGGCCACAAUGGCCUAUGACCGCUACAUAGCCAUUUGCCACCCUCUCCACUACACAAUGAUCAUGAGCCUAUUGCGCUGCACAUUCAUGGUGACUGCCUGCUGGGCCCUGACAAAUCUUGUUGCCAUGACCUACACUUUCCUUUUAUUCCGUCUGUCCUUCUGCUCUAAGAAGAUCAUUCUUGACUUCUUCUGUGACCUGGGACCCCUGCUGAAGGUCUCUUGCUCUGAUACAAAGGUCAAUGAGUUAGUGCUUCUCUUCUUGGGAGGUGCAGUCAUAUUAAUCCCCUUUUUUCUCAUCCUGGUCUCUUAUAUCCACAUCGUUACUGCUAUUAUCAGAGUCCCCUCUGCUCAGGGAAGGCUCAAGGCCUUCUCUACCUGUGGUUCCCACCUUGCUGUGGUUGCCCUGUUCUUCGGGACUGUGAUCAAGGCUUAUCUGUGCCCAUCAUCUUCUUCCUCCAGCUCAAUGGUGAAGAACACAGCAGCUGCUGUCAUGUACACAGUGGUGAUUCCCUUGUUAAACCCCUUCAUUUACAGCCUGCGGAACAAGGACAUGAAAGGAGCACUGGUCAGAUUAUUCAGGAGCAAAUCUCCUUCUCAUAGAACCAAUAACUUGUGA